CUGCAAAUAGCUGUGUGUCGCUGUUAGUCCGUGAUUGUUAUUAUUGUAGUACAGUGACUUUCUCGCGGAAGAUUUUCCUCGCUAUUUUCUCGCUCGGCGAGAUUCCGCUUCGGUUUUCCUGGUGAGGAAAUCUUCUUCCAGUUUUUCGCGGAGCAUCGUCUCAUCUUUCUUUGACAGCUCGAGCGACGAGGAAAUCUCAUCAUGGGUCUCGUGUGCUCAACGGCUCAGCUUGCGUGCUUGUGCGGAAGCACAGCUUGCAGUUUCUGUUGUUCUCAAUGUCCCUCGUGCAGGAACAGCACAAGUACUCGCAUCAUGUACGCAUUGCUCUUAUUGUUGGGAACUAUUGCAGCCUGUAUUACUUUGGCUCCUGGACUUCAGAAUGUUCUUAAAAAGGUACCGUUCUGCGCAAAUAGUUCCAGUUAUGUUCCAUCAGAAGUUACUCUCGACUGCGACUCUGCUGUUGGUUAUUUAGCAGUCUAUAGAAUAUGUUUUAUUCUUUCUCUGUACUUCUUCUUGAUGUCUGUAAUGAUGAUCAGAGUGAAAAGUUCACAAGAUCCAAGAGCACCGAUACAAAAUGGAUUCUGGGCAAUUAAAUAUCUUUUGAUCAUUGGAGGAAUUAUUGGUGCUUUCUUUAUCCCAGAAAAAUCAUUUGGAUCUACUUGGAUGUAUUUUGGGAUGUUAGGAGGUUUCCUUUUUAUAAUUAUUCAGUUGAUUUUGAUUGUUGAUUUUGCUCAUUCUUGGGCUGAUGCGUGGGUAGGAAAUUAUGAGGAGACUGAAUCAAAAGGAUGGUAUGCCGCACUAUUAGGUGCAUCUUUCUUCAAUUAUGCUGUUUCUAUUACUGGAAUAGUAUUACUUUAUGUAUAUUAUACACAUGAAAGUACAUGUGCCCUUAACAAAUUUUUCAUUUCAUUUAAUUUGAUUUUAUGUGUCAUUACCAGUAUUGUAUCAGUAUUACCUACUGUACAAGAACAUCAACCACGAUCAGGGCUUCUUCAAUCUUCUGUGGUAACAUUAUAUGUGGUAUAUUUAACAUGGAGUGGUAUAUCAAACAGUCCAGAUCAUGAAUGCAAUCCUGGUUUUCUUGGUAUAUUUGCUGGUAAUGAUGUACAAAAUCGUGUCACGUUUGACAAGGAAAGUAUUAUUGGACUUAUAAUCUGGUUUAGUUGCGUUUUAUACAGUUCCUUACGUACAGCAUCUAAAUCAUCAAAGAUUACAAUGUCCGAAAAUGUACUGGUUCAGGAUAACGGAGCUGUUAGGAAUGCAGGAGAGCAGUCUCUUAUUGGUGGUGAAGAUUAUGCUACAUUAGAAGGACGCAAUCCUGAUGCAGAAAGUGGGAAUGAUGUCAAAGUUUGGGAUAACGAAGAAGAAAAAGUGGCAUAUAACUGGAGUUUCUUCCAUCUCAUGUUUGCUCUCGCUACUUUGUAUGUUAUGAUGACUCUUACAAACUGGUAUAAACCAAACUCCAGUCUCAACACCUUAAAUGCCAAUGCUGCUUCAAUGUGGGUGAAGAUUAUUUCUUCAUGGAUGUGUUUGGGUCUUUAUGUAUGGUCAUUGAUAGCACCUACCGUUUUCCCGAAUAGAGAUUUCUCUUCUUAAGCUUCUGAACUUAUCAUAAGCGAAAAUCCAGCAGUCUGUGAAACAGACAUUUCUCUGCUUAUGAUCUAACAUUGAAAUGCUAAUCACGAUUAUUUACGCCAAAUAAUGCAAUUUGAAAUAUUGCAUAUUAAAAGUAUAUUAAUAUAUUAUAAGUAAUAGAUAUUUUAUGUGCGAAUUUGCUUCCUCAAUAAUAUCUUUGACAUAUAGAUAUUAUAUUGCAGAGAAUAUAUGUGUUAUAUAUGCUGCAUGUAAUUUUAGCACUAAACUUUUAUUAACCAAUCUUUUAAGUUAUGCAAAUUGAUUUAACUUUCAGUUUAAUAAUGUGCUUUAUUCUGGGAUAUUAAUUGUUAUGUUGUUAUUACAUGCUUUAUAUGCUAUAAGAGACUCAGUUCUAUUAAUAUAUGUGUGUGUGAAAUAAUACGUAUAUAUGAAAAAUUACAGUACAUA